AGAGAUGUCUUUCUACCGAAACACCGUUUGGUUCCUGAAGGGUCUACAGGAAUAUACGAAGAGCGGUUAUGAGGCGGCAGAGAGGCGCUUCACUCCGGCCGAUCUGGAUGUGAGCGUAAACGGCCGCUCGUUCAUCAUCACCGGGGCGAACAGCGGCAUCGGUAAAGCCGCCGCCUACGAAAUCGCCAAAAGAGGUGGGACUGUACACCUGGUAUGCAGAAAUAAAGAUCGCGCAGAGGAGGCCAGAAAAGACAUUGUGGAGCAAAGUAAAAGUGAGAAUGUCCAUGUUCACUUAGUUGACAUGUCCAGCCCCAGGAAAGUGUGGGAGUUUGCCAGUGGUUUUUCUCAGAACCAUAAUCUACAUGUUCUGAUCAAUAAUGCAGGUUGCAUGGUCAAUCAAAGAGAACUGACUGAGGAUGGCUUGGAGAAGAACUUUGCGACAAACACACUUGGGACCUAUAUACUGACAACAGCACUGAUUCCAACACUGAAGAGGUCAGAAAAUCCCAGAGUGAUCACUGUGUCGUCUGGUGGAAUGCUGGUUCAGAAAUUAAAUGUGGAGGACCUUCAGUUUGAAAAAAGUUCUUUUGAUGGCACCAUGGCUUAUGCACAAAACAAGAGGCAACAGGUGAUCAUGACUGAACAAUGGGCAACUCAGCACAAAGAAAUUCACUUCUCCUCCAUGCAUCCAGGCUGGGCAGACACUCCAGCUGUACGCUCAUCCAUGCCUGAUUUUUAUGAGAAAAUGAAGAAUAAGCUGCGCACUGAAGCGCAGGGUGCUGACACAGUGGUGUGGCUGGCCGUAUCGGAUGCUGCCAGCAGACAACCCAGUGGCCUCUUCUUUCAAGACAGAAAAGCGGUUUCUACACAUUUGCCUUUGGCCUUCUCCAAAACUCCUCCAGCUGAAGACCAGAAAUUGAUGAACCUGUUGGAGGAGCUGGCUGACAAAUUCAAGAACUAAUCAGUUGAGUUUCAAAUUUCAGCAGCCAAAUCUGAAGUGUACUCAUCAUUCCACUAAGAGACUGGUAUUCAUUCUUAAUAAUGGUAAGAAUUGCAAAGAUGUAACAAAAAGGAUUAACCACAACAACCUGAAUUGUUUGCUGGUGCUUAUUUUCCAAUAUUCUGAAAAUCUACACUCCUAUUCAUUACUCUACUCUAUUAGUUGAGACACUAAAACACCCGUUUCUGCUAAUGAAAUGUUGGAAUAUGGAGUUUCUCAAGUAAAAUGUCAUCAAUGUUGUUUACAUGCAUUGCACCUAUUCAUAUUUGAAGCAUCAAUGUUAAAGCUGCUUUUUUGUUUUUUCAGAAAAUUGUUAAAAAUGAAGUACAACAACGUUUGCACUGUUGAUUAAUCAGACAACUUUUGCAAUCUCUAAAUAACCAAAGAUUUUAUUCCUAAAUCUAAACCUGCUAUUUCAAAAUUGAAUCAGUUUUAAAUUGGCCUCUUGCUGGCCUAAAAAGUGAUUUCAAGACUGAAUAGCUGCGUAAGACAUACUAGUCAUAUUAUCAUGACAAUAUAUCACUGUGUGAACAAAUAUCAUAUUGAAUAAAUAAAUAAAUAUUAUAGAUUAUG